UUGACAAGUGAAUCAGAGUGUUGACGUUUGACACUUGCAGCAGACGGCGGACGGCGAGAUUAGCAACAUGGAUUGAUAAUUGUCGAUGACGUGAGUGAUUUGAAAAUUUAAUGGAAUUUGGAGUGUUAAAAGAUGUCUUCGAAACUUAUCGAGCAGUGGAAGGAGAUCGAGGAAGAUGAAUUUUAUCGUCACUUUCUCAAGGAGAGAGAGAAUCAGGAUGUUACUACAAGCGCUGUUUCCCAAACUCUCGCUGUUUCUGAGCAGCUAGCAAAGCUAACUGAAGGAAUUCACAUCUUAGACAGUGAACUUCACAAACAGGUCCUUGAAAACCAUGAUGACCUUGUUUCUCAAGCCACAUGGGUUGAGCGUCUUCAGACCCUGCUAGCCGGGAUGCAUUCUCAAACUCAAUGCGUCCUCUCCGGUGUAGAAAGAUUGAGAGCUAGAAUUAUGGAACCAUUUCAUCGAAUGGAGUCCCACACCUUGGUGCUUUCUCGUCUCCAUGAAACAUCUGACCUCCUAAGACGAAUAGCCCGUCUUCAACAGCUAUCAAAAAAACUCCAAAGUUGUCAGGAUCAAGUCAAGGCUGCUGCUCUUCUCAAUGAGAUAGAUCAAUUGUCUGAAGAUGUGGAUCUUUCUGGUCUUGAAAUAUUGGCAUCAGACCAAGCAGCAGUUGAAAAUCACCGCACCAGUGUUCAUAAACAAGCACAAUCAAUGUUGAAGGCUGGUUUGGAGUCACUGAAUCAUCAGAAAGUUACUACUGCAGUUUUAGUGUUUAGUAAUCUUGGAACACUAAAUGUUGAACUCACACAGGCAUUAGAUACAUCUAUAUCCACUCUUUCAAAAGCCAUUUUAGAAGCUUUGGAUAUUCAAACUCUUACUCAGGUAGCAGCUUCAAGUGAAACUUCCAAAAAUAGAGGCGCUCCAGGGAGAGUGGUCAUGCCUUCAUUGGGAAAUAUAUCUUCCUUUAGAUCAAAACUGUGGGCGGCUCUUGAAAAUCUUUUUGAGCUAUCAAUAUACACCCGGUGCAGCCAGGUUGAAGUCCUGCAUGCAGUGCUCCUUGCUCAGUCUUCAGAAUUGGGCAGUAGACUUGCAAUUCCUGAUGAACACAAAGACAUGACUGAAAUUUUCUGGUCGAGGGUGCUAAAACUUUUAUCCCAGGAACUCAUAUCCAGUGCUCAAAGUUCUACUUACAUGAAGCAAGCUCUUGAGGGAGAGUUUCCAAAGCUUCUCAGGCUCUAUGUUGACCUCAGUAAAAGACUUACUGCUGCUCAUAAUAAGGCACUUAUGGAAACUAGCUCUAGUGAUUUCACACCAGAAGGUGGCAAACAACCCUAUCAAUUAGAACGUGAACUCAUUGCUCAGUUUGAAAAUGCCUAUCUAUCCCGUUCCGUUUCAAGAUUGUUAGAUCCAGUUGAUUUGAUGUUUUCUGAAACAAAGGCCCCAACUCACGAAAAUGUGGACGGGCUAGUUCGUACAAUCACAAGUGAAUUAAGUGUGUCACUUGUUGAUGAAACACUAAGCAAGACUGUAUCUAAAAAUAUUGGCAAGGCAGUCCGCCUGUUCUGCAUAAAAUGCGAACAGCUCAUUGCUACUGGGGGAGAUGCCACUCAAGUUAUAGACAUUCCAAGCCAGGCUCAGUCUCUGAAUGCGGCAGUGGCAAAUAUCUUGCACUAUCUAGCUGGGAAACUUGAAAGAGUUCUUAAUAAUAUGGGAGCAACACUGGCAGCAGGCCCAGCAUCUGUUGUUCGAGAUUCCCUAAGUGGAGUGGACAAAUUGGUCACCAAUCACAUACUCACACCACUACUGGCAUCUGUUGGAGAUGCUGUGGAAGCAAUCCUACUGACAAUGCAUGACGAGGAUUAUUCUAUAGAUGAGGGCGGAAGCACUAACAGUCUUUACAUGAAGGAACUGCAAACCUUCAUUGGAAGAGCUAUUAACCUCUAUCUGUCACCAUUUGAUGACCAAGCACUUGUCGUAAAAAGUUCUGUGAUUGUGGCAACUCGGUGCAUUGACCUUUUCUUGCGAUUGGCUUCUUUGAUAAGGCCCUUAGGAAAAGGUGGCAUUUUAAAAUUGUCUUCUGACUUUGAGAAGCUGGAGUUAGCAUUACAACCAUUGGCUGGACGACAACCUCCAGCUGACUUGGGAUGGGGCAAGUCUCUUCGUACCUUGCGGUCUUUGAAGACCCUCAUUGGUUUGCCUGCCUCUGAAGUCGCUGCCAGCCCUGCAGUUGGCACUGCUCUCCCGCACAGCCUUGUUCUAACAGCCUUGUUCUCACAAGCUCCUCCAGAACUUUUGUCACCUCAUCAGAGCGCUGGUUGGUCUGUCAGCCGUUUGUCUCAGUGGUUGGAUUCUCACCCUGCCGAACGUGAUCGCCUUCAACUUGUUGGGGGUUCCCUGCAGCGGUAUCAGCAGUCAGUGCGUCAAUUAGGUCAUGCCGAAUUUCAUCCUGUUUAUCCUGUCAUGGUUGCACUCCUAGAGGCAGGUAUGUCUCUGUGCGUUAGUUGAUUUACGUGUAUUUUUGUAUAAUUGAUAAAUAAAGUAGUGAAUUGUUGGGGUUUCCAAUUUUAACUUUGAACUAUGAAAAGAAUUAACUGGAAAGAUUGUCAAGUUUCGUAAUAAAUUGUGACUUGUGCAGUAAAUGA